AUGGAAAGCAGAGCAAGAGGAUCAAUGUCGUCGAGCAUCGGCAAUUCCGCAGAACUGGAAGCGAAUCUGACACUAGGCGAUCGUCUUAAGGUUUUCAAGGGCUCCACUUUCGAUCCCGACGCUUACGUCACCUCCAAAUGCCAGCACAUGAACGAAAAGGAGACGAGACAUUUGACUUCUUACCUCGUUGAACUGAAGAAGGCUUCUGCGGAAGAGAUGCGUAAGAGCGUCUACGCAAACUACGCCGCCUUUAUACGGACAUCUAAGGAGAUAUCAGCACUUGAAGGACAGCUACUUUCCAUGAGAAACCUUCUCUCUGCUCAGGCAGCUCUUGUUCACGGCUUGGCUGAUGGCGUUCACAUUACUUCUCUUUGCGCUGAUGACGCCGAUGACUUGACAGACCAAGACCUCUAUGAUAUGGACAACAACAAACAUAUUUCCAAAAUCGAGACUUGGGUUGUCGAGUUCUUUGACAGGCUUGAAGUUCUCUUAGCUGAGAAGAGAGUUGAUGAAUCCAUGGCUGCACUUGAAGAAGGUCGUCGUGUGGCGAUAGAAGCACAAGAGAAACGCACACUCAGCGCCAACACUCUUCUUUCUCUCAACAAUGAGAUCAAAGAAAAGAGACAGGAGCUAGCUGACCAAUUGGCUGAAGCUAUAAGCCAGCCUUUUACAAGAGCCGGCGAGCUUAGAUCGGCUGUCUUGGCUCUCAAGAAACUCGGUGACGGUUCUCGAGCACACACGUUGCUUCUAAGGUCUUACGAGAGGAGGCUACAAGGCAACAUUCAAAGCCUAAGAGCUUCAAACACUUCCUACGGUGUAGCCUUCGCUGCUGCUCUCUCUCAGCUUGUUUUCUCAACCAUUGCUCAAGCCUCGAGCGACUCUCAAGCAGUGGUUGGCAAGGAUCCGUCUUAUUCAUCAGAGCUUGUGACCUGGGCGGUUAAACAAGCAGAGUCGUUUGCUCUGUUACUGAAAAGACAUACUUUGGCUUCCUCUGCUGCUGCAGGAAGCUUAAGGGUAACAGCAGAAUGCAUCCAACUCUGUGCAUCUCACUGCUCUUCACUAGAGUCUCGAGGUUUAGCUCUUUCUCCUGUUUUGUUGAAACACUUUAGGCCUGGCGUGGAACAAGCAUUGACUGGAAAUCUCAAGAGGAUUGAACAGAGCAGCGCCGCUUUAGCUGCUUCGGAUGAUUGGUCUCUCUCUUACACACCGACAGGCUCACGCGCCUCCUCGACUACUCCCAUUGCACCGCAUCUUAAGCUUUCUAUUAGCGCUCAAAGAUUCAACUCCAUGGUUCAGGAGUUUCUGGAGGAUGCUGGACCGCUAGACGAAGCAUUACAGUUAGACGGGGUUGCACUAGACGGUGUUUUGCAGGUGUUUAACUCGUAUGUUGACCUCUUGAUCAACGCAUUGCCCGGUUCAGCUGAAAACGAAGAGAAUCCAGUUCACAGAAUAGUUAAAGUAGCUGAAACUGAGUCUCAACAAACGGCUUUGUUAGUCAAUGCACUUCUGUUAGCAGACGAGCUAAUCCCUCGUUCUGCUUCGAGGAUUUUGCCACAAGCUACGAACCAAGCCACUCCAAGGAGAGGAGUUUCCUCGGAUAGACAGAACCGGCCAGAGCAAAGAGAGUGGAAGAGAAAGCUUCAAAGAUCCGUUGACCGGUUAAGAGAUAGCUUCUGUAGACAACAUGCUCUUGAACUCAUCUUCACUGAAGAAGGAGAAGUUCGUCUCAGCUCUGAGAUUUAUAUACUCAUGGACGAAACCACUGAAGAGCCUGAAUGGUUUCCUUCUCCAAUUUUCCAGGAACUGUUUGCGAAGUUGACGAGAAUAGCGACGAUUGCGAGCGAUAUGUUUGUUGGAAGAGAGAGAUUCGCGACGAUAUUGCUGAUGAGACUGACGGAGACAGUGAUCCUUUGGAUCUCUGAUGAUCAGAGUUUCUGGGAAGAGAUGGAGACAGGAGCUAAACCAUUGGGUCCACUUGGUCUUCAACAGUUUUAUCUAGACAUGGAGUUUGUCAUGAUCUUUGCCUCGCAAGGAAGGUACUUGUCGAGAAACCUUCAUCAAGUGAUCAAGAACAUCAUAGCUCGAGCCAUCGAAGCAGUUUCAGCCACUGGACUCGAUCCUUAUAGGACGUUGCCGGAGGAAGAGUGGUUUGCGGAAGUAGCUCAGAUAGCGAUAAAGAUGUUGACCGGAAAAGCCAAUUUCGGUGGCCACGGAGAGCGUGACGUCACUAGCCCCUCUGUUUCCUCUGCUAAAUCUUACACCAGUAAUUGACUUAUCUAAUUAUUCAACAAUUAGUCAAUGUUGUUGACGUUAAAAAAAGCAAAAGGUGAUGGUAUUGUCGUUGUUCCUAUCCCCGCUUAAAUACAUCAAAAUAACAAA